UUCGUCACGUUCGGAUGUGCUUAUCCACGGUGUUCACAUUGUUUCGACCACCACUCUGAACGCUUGAAUGACGAGCGAUGGCAAAUCAGUUGUAACGACAAUUUCGUUGGUGGAACGCUAAAUUCCAGCCCAGUAGUUCAGGCGUAGCAACCAAUUGGCAGUGUUGGCAGGCAGAACUGGAGGGGGAACGUGAAGUUUCAGUUUUCGUUACGGAAACCCGCUUUCGUCGGAGCAGCCCUAGAUUGGCGGUGGUUUGGUGGUAAGCAGAUUGCGUACGAGUGAAUCUAUGUGAUAGAAUUUGUGGGUGAUUUAGAAAGUGUCCUGAUAAUUUGAAAGGGUGCCCUAUUUCGCGCGUGACAAUUGUAGUCAAUCGUGACCUAUCUACCCUUUUACGAACAGUUGACUAGCAGUACAAGGUGCACCGCUAUACGUUCUUAACGCUCUAAUAGGGUUGAGUAAGAAAUUAACGCAGGAGAAAUACCAUCAUCGAUAAAGCACGAAAGGCAGCACCAAAGACCAGGUACAGAUUAUCAUGUCGGAUACCGAAGAAGACUCAACCUGCUCAGACAGCUGGCCCAUCACGGAGGACUGGUUGAUGGAGGUUCUCAAGAAGCAUCACGAGGUGCGGUCGGGCAUAAAAAUUACCGACUUUAAAGUGAAGCAGGGCUGCCAGGAUGGAGUGAACAAUCUAAGCGACAUUCUAUCCGUAUCCGUGGUGUAUGAUUUCGAGCGAGAAGAAGUCGGUGGUGGUGUACAACAAUCCUUAGACAUUGUGAUAAAACUGCUGCCGCAGGAUCCAUUCAGCCGGUACUUUGUAACGGAAGCACAGUUUGAUCUAAGGGAAAUCAAAUUUUAUACAAGCAUCCUUCCAGAUCUUAUGGCAUUUCAAGAGCAGUACAUCCCGAAAGAAGUCGGCGAUAUGGUGAUAUCAGUGCCAACCUGUUUCUACACGCAAUACGCACCGAUCGGUAACAAUACCACAACUUCGCUUAGCAGUCCCGAUUCGACGGAGAGCAUACUAGUCCUAGAGGACAUGCGAUCGCUGGGCUACAAAGGAGCCAACUUCACAACGGGGCUCUCCCUCGGUCAAACAGAAGCAGCCAUUCGCGCCAUCGUAACAAUACACGCCCUCUCUCUGGGGCUCAAGAUCAAAAAGAAGGUGGAUCUCAACGAAAAGUAUCCGUUUCUUUUCCAAACAACACGUGCAACUGAGAGCUAUCAGCAGCUAGUCGAACAAGGAAUGCCUCAACUCACGAAAUUCCUUGAGCAGAAGCAUGGUUUCGAGAAUGAACUGAAAGCGCUGAGCAAGAUUCGUCCGAAGACGAAGCUUUUGAUAGAAACACUGCUGCAGCCAAUCGAACCGAUGGGGCUGAUCACACACACGGAUUUCUGGUGCAACAAUCUGUUGUUCCGCAGCGAGCCGGACGACGAGCGCACCGACAGCUGCACUAUUCUCGACUGGCAAAUGGUAACCUACAGCCGUCCAACGAACGAUCUUGCCUUGUUGCUGAUAUCGUCCAUUCCGUCCAACACUCGGCGCCAGCACACGUCCCGGCUCCUCGACCUCUAUUAUGGGGCUCUCAAGUCCUAUUGCCUUAAGAUGGACGUCGACAUCGAGGCGGAUCUUGACUACAGUCGUAACAAGAUGGAGUGCGAGUACCGGCAAUCGCUAUUGCUCGCGUUACUGUUAUGCAUCGGGUCAGUAGAUAUUGCCAUUGGUAAUCCGACCGCCGAACAGCGGCUUCUAGAUGUUUUACGGGACUUUUACGAGGAGGGCAUAUUGAGUCUGGAGGGUUAUAUUUAAGAAGAAUGCGAUGGCUGCUUCUCGUUACACAAUUCUUCAAACAUCCAAAGAGAGUUCACCAAACAGGACAUACACGUUAAUGAUUUAGGAAAAUCGCGUGCACACACACACACACACACACACACACACAACCAUCGUCAAAAGACAGCCCACACACACAAACACUAACCCAGAGUUUAUGAUUCCUGCCGCUCGAAGAGUGAACGAUUAAAUUCUAGAGAUUGGAGUUGCAAACGAUUGACUAACGAAACAAAACAAAUUGUUUUAAAUUAUUGCCUCUCUAGUAUUUCUGAUUUGGAUAGUGCUUCUGCAUUACAACAACAGAACAGCAUGUCGAAAGUCGACCAAUGCAUCCCGAGACAUCAUACAGCUAUUUCAAUUUUACUGCAGGGUUGGUGAAUCGCUCUAUGCUUAACCGCAUAUUGAAAACACCGAAAACAAGCUUUUAACAAGGAUCAUGCGAUAAGGCAAUUAAUAUGUUUAAAUAAAGUGUUGAUUACAAAA